GGCUCCAGGUGAGGCUGGAGGAUACGAGAGCUGCCCUGUUCUAGAAACUGGGUCCCCACGGCCUCUGCUCACACCCCUGACUUCCCACCCAGAUCCUUGGGAUCCAAAUUGGAACACGCUCCUCGAGGCACGACUUUCUCAAUGAGUUGAUCCACCUGUUUCUUUGUUGGCAUAAGUCAGAGCUCUUCUGUACCAGGGCCAUGGCGUCCUGCCCAGUCCUGCAGAGGGAGAGGGUGUUCCAGUCAGGAGCCCACAUCUACAGGAUCCCGGCUCUGCUCUACCUGCCUCAGCAGAAGACCCUGCUGGCCUUUGCGGAAGAGCGGAUGAGCAAGAAGGAUGAGCAUGCCAAGCUCAUUGUCCUGCGCAGGGGAAGCUACAAUGCGUCCACCUGCCAGGUCCAGUGGCACUCACAGGAGGCGGUUUCCCAAGCCCAGCUGGAGGGCCACCGGUCCAUGAACCCAAGCCCCCUGUAUGACGAGGCCACGGGCACCAUUUUCCUCUUCUUCAUCGCCAUCCCUGGGCAGGUGUCAGAGCAUCACCAGCUUCAGACCAGGGUCAACGUGACACGGCUGUGCCAGGUCACCAGCCCAGACCACGGCAAGUCCUGGAGCCCCCCCACCGACCUCACUGACUCCGUCAUUGCCUCAGCCCACAAGGACUGGGCCACAUUCGCGGUGGGCCCCGGGCACUGCCUGCAGCUGAGCAAUCCGAAGCGGAGCCUGGUGGUGCCAGCUUACGCUUACCACAGCCACUGCUGCCAGAAGGCGCCUUCCCCCUCUGCCUUCUGCUUGGUCAGCCACGACCACGGGCGCACGUGGGCGAGAGGGAGCUUCGUGGCCCAGGGCACGCUGGAGUGCCAGGUGGCCGAAGUCAGGGAUGGGCAACAGAGGGUGGUAUAUCUGAAUGCGAGGAGCCCCCUCCGAGCCAGGGUCCAGGCCCAGAGCACCAACAACGCCCUGGAUUUCAAGGAGACUCAGCAGGUGAAGAAGUUGGUGGAGCCCCCCCACGGCUGCCAAGGGAGCAUCGUCAGCUUCCCCAGCCCCCACGCGGGCUCCGAACCCCUGGACUGGUGGCUGCUCUACACCCACCCGACUGACCCACGGCAGAGAUCCAACCUGGGCGUGUACCUCAACCGGUGGCCGCCCGUGCCCACAACCUGGUCAGAGCCCACCCUGCUGGCCCCCGGCAGCUGCGCUUACUCAGACCUGCAGAGCAUGGGCACCGGCCCUGACGGGUCACCCCAGUUUGGGUGUCUGUAUGAAUCGGAUGAUUACAAGGAGAUCGUCUUUGUCAUGUUCACCCUGCAGCAAGCCUUCCCAGCUGCGUUUUUGCCGCAGUGAGCAGCGAGCCCUCUGGGUGCUGCCCACGAGGGCUUUGCCCACCAAGGGGCUUGUGGUUCUCUUCUGCCCAGGCCCCUCUGGACUGGAGAGGCCGCCUCUUGCUUCCCUCUGUUGAACGUGUGAUCAAAGGGGCGCCCAGUGUGUGUCUGCCGCUGGGCUCCUUUCCUCCUCUGUUGUCUCAGCCUCCCCAGAGGAUUCUAUUUUCAGCCCAGCAACUGAAGGAACCUGGCUUCCUGGGGCCCCUGGGGACAGCCUGCAGCUUUGCUGCAGGACUUCAUGAAUUAUCUAGUCCAGCCCAUUUCUCCUUAGCUCCUCACGUUCCUGGGCACAGGCUGGGACAGAGAUGCAAAUUAGCAGAGACGCGUGUGUACGUUUGUGUGUCUGUGUGUAUCUCUCUGUGUGUUCUCAAUGCUUUAGAGCAGGGACCAUAAGUAUGGCUUUGCAAGGAGGUAAGGCAGGGUCUAGGAAAAGUAAGCUGGCUUAUAUUUUUGUGUAAGUUUCCCAGGGCUGCUGUAAAAAAGUACCACCAACUUAGUGGCUUAAAACAACAGAAAAUCACUCUCUCACAGUUCUGGAGGCUAAAAGCCACAAAUCAAGGUGUCCUCAGGGCUGUGCUCCCCCCAAGGGAGCAUGGGGCACAUCCUUCCCUGCCUCGUCCAGAAGCCCAGGCCUCCCUUGGCUCAUGGCUGCAUCACUUUUGGGUCUGCCUCCAUCUUCCCAUAGCCCUCUCCUCCUUCCUCUCUGCUUUCUCUUCUGUAUCUUUUAAGGACACUUAGGGCUCACCUGGACAAUCCAGGAUGACCCUUCACUUAACUACAUCUGCAAAGACUCUUUUCCAAAUAAUGUCACAUUCACAGCUAUGGUUUUUCCAGUAGUCAUGUAUGGAUGUGAGAGCUGGACCAUAAAGAAGGCUGAGCACUGAAAAACUGAUGCU